GUGCUGGUCAUAUCACCAUGAAUACUAUGCUUCGUGAUAAGCUAUCAAAAGAAUGGCAUUAGUGGUGAUAGACUUUUAACACUGAAUGGAUUUUCACAUUUUGAGAGACGAUACACUGGAACUCAAUAGAAGACGUCAACAGCAAUCAACAAUCUGCAGGACCACCACAUCAAACCAAGAAACUUCCAUAGAAGAACCACCCCCGACCAAAGCGAAUCGGUUAUGGUAGAAUUCCGGGAUGGAACAAAGCCGGCACAAAUAGCAGGAACUGCUGGAACUUCCCCCGAAACAGCCCACCACGACGACAGCGACGCUGGAUCGGCGUCGUCGUCCCGGAACACUCUUCUUUGCCUGAAAUGCCACAAGAAGCAGAUAGUGUACGAGUGCGACCCAUGUGGUUGUCCCUCGUUCUGCACGAGCUGCGCCAUGAAACUCGCCUCCGGCGGACGGUGCAAGACCUGCCACCAGGCUUACGGAGGCCUGCGCCGGCUGCGGGUAUGAACAAUCCAAAGCGGGCCAAAUGAAACCACUCGGAUCGAACGGGCAGGUACAAUUCACAGAAAUCUGAGAGGCAAAUGUCUAAUGCGAUCAAGCCAAAUCGAUUUGCACUAGCACGUGGAAGGCGUUUUUAGGACGGUGCCAUGCCCUGGAGCUCGUGAGACUCGUCCUUUUUAAAUAUAUUUUUAACUAUAAU